AUUUCCCAGAAAUCAGUUAAGUUUCUUUUUCCUUUGAAUUUAGUUUUUACCCCGCAAUAAACCACUCCCAGAAAACACCUUUAUAAGCUUCAACUCAACCCGCCCAGCAUCAGUCGGACUUUCAUAGAUCACCAUUUGCAUCACAAUGCAUUUUGUCGUACUUUUCGUUGGAUGUGCGCUGUUUUCCACAGCCUUCACACUCACCUGUUACGAGUGCGUACCCGGGGCAUCGGGAUCAUGCACCCAGAAGACAUGUCCCAGUUCCACUCAAUGUGCAGCAAUGAGGGUCACAUCUUACGCAGGAGAGUCAAAAAUCGUAAAUAUGACCGCGAAGAGCUGUGCUGCACCUGCUGAGUGCCUGACAGGGUCAAUUAACUUCGGAAGGACAUUGCUAAAUAGCAAGUGCUGCGCCACGGACCUCUGCAACUCUCAGACUGUUAGACUGUUACUCCCAGUAUCCAGCAGUGAUACCCCAAAUGGGAAACAGUGCUACACAUGCAACGGCCAGGAUUGCCUCAACACUCUAAACUGCCUGGGGGACGAGAAUAGCUGUAUCUCCACUACAACUGAUGUCUCAGGCCAGAAGGUUUCCAUGAAGGGAUGUGCCAGCAAGAGUAUGUGUGCAGGGUCCAUGUCAGGUCAACUGCUAGGCAUGAGCUUCAAUCUGGACUGCUGUAAAGGCAACCUGUGCAACGACGCGCGGAGCCUCGCCGCGAGCCUGCUGCUCCUGGUGGCCCCCCUGCUCUCUGUCACCCUCUUCCACUGAGAAGCACAGUCCAAUGAUGAUUCACCUCAUACAACCAUCUUUCUCUGCCACUUUUCUCUGUGCUCUGUGCUCACAAUCUGCUCAUCCUCUGCCCUGUAACACCCCUCCCCAUCAUGAUCGCAUCCCUUUGCCAUCUUUGUUUUGUGCCUUUCACUUAACCCUUGUGUUAUCUUCGGGUCAUUCUGACCCAUCAGUCAUUGUGACCCACCGUCGUAUUGCGACAGAUUUACCGCAUACAAAGACAAAGUGAAGCAUUUUCUUUUAACCGUUGGGCUGUCUCAGACCCCCCACAUUGCAAAGGUUAAAAGAAAAUUAUUUUAAUUUGUUUUUGUAUUGGGUAAAAUUGGGUAAACACAACGAUGGUUCGUUAUGAACCUUUGGGUCAUGUGACCCGAAGGCAGCACGAGGGUUAAUGUGGUGUCUAGGGGAUAUUUCUUUGUGUUUUACAGAAGUCGAUCUGUUCAUGUUUUGUGAUCCAUACCCAUCUUUGGAAUGCAUAACACACCCCAACCUCCUCUCCCCCCCCCCCUUCCUCAAUAACCUGACUAUCCCUAAAAAUGGUUAUAUACUGAAGCAAUUUGAACACACUAUGCACUGUCUCUAGAUCUCCAAUUUGUGACUAUUUUGAGUCGUUUAAUUAUGACAAUGAGAUUUAUUUUUUUAUCAUACACAUCCAUUGUUGCCGGGGUUACAGCCGCAAACCUUUUGAGUGUACCCCUGAAUAAAAUUUUUAUAUCUACA